CAAACGGACACCGCCCUUUCCCCCUUCUCGGCUCGGCUUCGGCCCCCCCCUACCCUGACGACCCGACCGCAUCUUCCUUCCGCAAAACCGAAGCUCGCGGCGUGCGUCCCUUCUCCUCGACAUCCAUAUCCUCGCCUCCACUGGCCCGGCGUGGAGUGGAGAGUGGGGAUCCAUUUGGACUUGUAUUGAUUUCCCCUUCCGCUGACAUUCCGUAAGCCAGCAUGCCGAAGAUAAAGACAAGCCGUGUUUCGUAUCCGGAAGGAUGGGAGCUUAUUGAACCAACAAUCCGUGAGUUGGAUGCCAAAAUGAGAGAAGCUGAAAAUGAUCCACAUAAUGGGAAGAGGAAGUGUGAAGCUCUCUGGCCAAUUUUCCGUAUUUCUCAUCAAAGGAGCCGCUACAUAUAUGAUCUUUACUACAGAAGGAAGGAGAUAUCACAGAAGCUUUAUGAGUUUUGCCUGGACCAGGGUUAUGCAGACCGUAAUCUGAUAGCGAAGUGGAAAAAGCCGGGUUAUGAGCGCCUUUGCUGCCUUCGGUGCAUACAGACACGUGACCACAACUUUGCAACAACUUGUGUCUGCCGAGUCCCCAAGCACCUCAGGGAGGAGCAAGUGAUCGAAUGUGUUCAUUGCGGGUGCAGGGGCUGUGCCAGCGGUGACUAAUCUUUUCAUUAUGCCUUUGGGCUCAUGACUCAUCAUCUGGACCUAACACUUGAGAUCUCUUGUGAGCAUGGGCCGAUAAAGAGCGACGGUUGCCUAUAGAGGUGAUUCGCAUGAAUGUAUCGGUGCAACUUGUAAGCCUAGGAUGCCUCUAAAUUUCUUGAUGUUUGGAUGUCUCCAACUGUUAUGCUCAGACUUGUUGACUUUGUAUGUAUGUAUUAUGACGAUUUCACCUCAUGCAGCCCAUGCUGAUACUAAUUUACUAGCGUCUUUUACUU